CCAUAAAUGGAAGGGAAAUUUCUGAGUUCAGAGCAAUACAUAUGAUACAAGACUUGAUAUAUAGACUAGAGUUUCUUAGCCUAACUGGAGGGGCUGGCUUAGGUAAUCCAUGGAUUCCCUGAAAUUGGGGACACCAUUGGAAAUAUGUGUGAGCUAAGGGGCAGUUUCCUAUGAUUUUUAGGCCUCAAAAUGUCUCUUGGACUCAAAAUUGCCUUAGGGCAGAGGACGUGUGUACCCCCAGUAUAGAAUCUCGGACAGUGAAUGUGAGUAAACAUUCGGCAGAAAAGCUCUGCCAAACUGAGUGCUCUCAUGUGACUUUUUCAUCAAGUCAGUAUUCCUGGGAUCUCUUGUACAUGAUAAUCUCACUCUUGUACAUGAUAAUCUCACUCUUGUACAUGAUAAUCUCACUCUUGUACAUGAUAAUCUCACUCUUAUAAGGUUUCAUCGUUUCUGCUUACCCUAGUUUUCUUUCCCACUCUGUUCCCUCUCCCACCAGACUGGACUCUGAAAUGGGCAUGUACAGAGACGAAGAGACCCCAACAUGCUUCAGGCUUUGAGUGGAGAAGACAAAGCCUCUGCUGGGACAGGGAACAGAGGGAUGUGGAGUCCCUGAAGAUGCUUUUGGACAAUGGUCUGAGGUUGGGACAGUGGCAGGAGAUACCAUUCACCCAGGAUCUCCAGGACAAGAGAUCAGAAUGGCAGUUACAUGUGUUUUUUUUCAAACUGGUUGCCAGGUUGGCAUGAGCCAUGACAUCAGAGAUUCCGACCUUCCUGAUUGGAGGGACCGGACUCCGUGGUGCCUGGAGUGUCCAGAAGAAGGCCAUGGACAGAACGGAGACUAGGUUCCAUAAGGGGGGACAGAUUACGGGAAAGAUCACGACCAGCCAUCAACCGCACCCCCAGAAUGAGCAGAGUCCCCAGCGGAGCACCUCGGGGUACCCCCUCCAGGAGGUGGUGGAUGAUGAAGCGUUGGGACCAUCAGCCCCUGGGGUAGAUCCCAGCCCCCCAUGUAGGUCCCUUGGCUGGAAAAGGAAGAGGGAGUGGUCAGAUGAAUCUGCGGAGGAGCCGGAGAAGGAGCUCGCCCCUGAGCCUGAGGAGACCUGGGUAGUGGAGAUGCCGUGUGGGCUCACGAUGAAGCUGAAGCAACAGCGAGUGUCACCCAUCCUCCCUGAGCACCACAAGGACUUCAACAGUCAGCUUGCCCCUGGGGUAGAUCCCAGCCCCCCGCAUAGGUCCUUUUGCUGGAAAAGGAAGAUGGAGUGGUGGGACGAAUCUGAGGAGUCGGAGGAGGAGCUACGGAAGGUGCUCGCCCCUGAGCCUGAGGAGAUCUGGGUGGCGGAGAUGCUGUGUGGCCUCAAGAUGAAGCUGAAGAGACGGCGAGUGUCGCUCGUGCUCCCUGAGCACCACGAGGCCUUCAACAGGCUGCUUGAGGAUCCUGUCAUUAAAAGAUUCCUGGCCUGGGACAAAGAUCUGAGGGUGUCGGACAAGUAUCUCCUGGCUAUGGUCAUAGCGUAUUUCAGCCGGGCCGGCUUCCCCUCCUGGCUAUACCAACGCAUUCAUUUCUUCCUGGCUCUCUACCUGGCCAAUGACAUGGAGGAGGACGACGAGGACUCCAAAGAAAACAUCUUCCACUUCCUGUAUGGGAAGACCCGCUCUCGCAUACCCUUGCUCCGUAAGCGUUGGUUCCAGUUAGGCCGUACCAUGAACCCGAGGGCCAGGAAGAACCGCUCUCACAUACCCUUGCUCCGUAAGCGUCGGUUCCAGUUACGCCGUUGCAUGAACCCGAGGGCCAGGAAGAACCGCUCUCAGAUAGUCCUGUUCCAGAAACGUCGGUUCCACUUCUUCUGUUCCAUGAGCGGCAGGGCUUGGGUUUCCCCGGAGGAGUUGGAGGAGAUCCAGGCUUAUGACCCAGAGCACUGGGUGUGGGCGCGAGAUCGCGCUCGCCUUGCCUAGAGCUCCAGGGACCGUGGAGGCCUGAGGUCAUCGGCCUGAGAGAAGAACACCGGACCCAGGGGAGAUGUGGAUUUUCAGCAGGAACUUUAUUCCAAUGCUAAUGGCAGACACCAGGAAGGAGGAGAGGAACCAUUUGUGCACAUCAUCUAGAAGAACCUGGACCAUUCUUGAUGGAGCUCAAUACAGUCAUGACGUUGUCCUCCUAGGAGCAGGGGUGGGGGGAGGGGGGUGGGGUCCUUCUAGGAGUCCUUGGAGAAAAGUAAGAAACCAGGAGUGUUUCCAGUUCCACCCUUUCCUGCGGCACCACCACCCUUUUUAUAUUGCUGAAUUCCAACCUCCCUGGGGCGGAACUUGGAGGUCCUGUUUCUUACGGACUUGGUUGCCACAGUCCAGGAGCAUUUGAAGGCACAAUGCAGGGGCUCAGAUUGGCACAGAAUUCUUUUGUGAAAUAUCAGUGCCACAGAUUGUAACAGAUAGCUUCAUGCACACUCUGCAUUUUAUUGGUUUGUUUGGAAAAUGUUGGCCAUUGAAUUAUUCAUAGAUUUAUUUCAAAUAGUUUGGAAAUUGUUGUACUUUUGAAAACAUGCUGUUCCUGUAGUUUUUUGAUGAGAGUUAUAGUUGUUAUAUAUACAUAAAGAUAAUUUUCUUUUCAUUUUUAAGAGACGAUUGUUUUUAUCCUAAAUAUUUUAUUAUCUUUAAAUUUGUUUCUGUAUUAUUAUAUGUGCUCCUGAAGUGAGCACUCUUUUUAUCUAUGAUACUUCCAUAAUAAUCUCUUCUAUUUAUAGCUAUUGGUAGUUCCCCACCAGAAAAAAACAUAAUUCUGGUGACAGAAAUUUUUAUUUGCUGUUUAGGUUUGUGACUGAAUUGUGAGAAUUCAGUUGUGAUUUUUAACAUGUCUCAGAUAUAUAUACUAACACGUCUAAUAUAUACCAUCUAUUUUAUUGGUUUAUUUUGAAAA